AUGCCUCCUGUGAACAAGGCUUAUGCUGGGACCCCAGGCUUCAAUCGUUCUAUUGUCAACUCAUUCAGUCCUGCAGCAGCUGUCACCACCACCACUCCUGCAGCAGCUGUCACCACCACCACUCCUGCAGCAGCUGUCACAACCACCACUACUGCAGCAGCUGUCACAACCACCACUCCUGCAGCAGCUGUCACAACCACCACUCCUGCAGCAGCUGUCACAACCAAGACUCCUCCAUCAGCUGUCCCCACCACCACCUCCACUCCUGUUGUUGCAUCAACUGACCCUCCAUCUUCUAGUGAAGGAAUCCUGAGUCUUCGGUUCAGUCUCCACCAGCCAUUCAACUCAAAUCUUUCCAACCGGUCAUCUUCAGAGUUCAAGACUCUGUCUGCCAACGUGGUCACUAAUGUGAACAAGGUUUAUGCUGGGACCCCAGGCUUCAAUCGUUCUAUUGUCAACUCAUUCAGGAAUGGAUCUGUAGUUACCGACAUGACCCUCGUGUUCGACAAGCAGUCUUCGGUUCCCAGCUCAAGCAGCGCACAGACAAUUCUCACCAACAGUUCCACCUCCCUGAACAUUCUACCAGGCAGCAUCAGGGUUGAUGUUGCCACAACCACUCCUGCAGCAGCUGUUACCACCACCACUCCUGCAGCAGCUGUUACCACCACCACUCCUGCAGCAGCUGUCACCACCACCACUCCUGCAGCAGCUGUCACAACCACCACUCCUGCAGCAGCUGUCACAACCACCACUCCUGCAGCAGCUGUUACCACCACCACUCCUGCUGUCGCAUCAACUGACCCUCCAUCUUCUAGUGAAGGAAUCCUGAGUCUUCGGUUCAGUCUCAACCAGACGUUCAACUCAAAUCUUUCCAACCCGUCCUCUUCAGAGUUCAAGACUCUGUCUGCCAUCGUGGUCACUAACGUGAACAAGGUUUAUGCUAAGACCCCAGGCUUCAAUCGUUCUAUUGUCAACUCAUUCAGGAAUGGAUCUGUAGUUACCAACAUGACCCUCGUGUUCGACAAGCAGUCUUCGGUUCCCAGCUCAAGCAGCGCACAGACAAUUCUCACCAACAGUUCCACCUCCCUGAACAUUCUACCAGGCAGCAUCAGGGUUGAUGUUGCCACAACCACUCCUGCAGCAGCUGUUACCACCACCACUCCUGCAGCAGCUGUUACCACCACCACUCCUGCAGCAGCUGUCACCACCACCACUCCUGCAGCAGCUGUCACAACCACCACUCCUGCAGCAGCUGUCACAACCACCACUCCUGCAGCAGCUGUUACCACCACCACUCCUGCUGUCGCAUCAACUGACCCUCCAUCUUCUAGUGAAGGAAUCCUGAGUCUUCGGUUCAGUCUCGACCAGCCGUUCAACUCAAAUCUUUCCAACCCGUCCUCUUCAGAGUUCAAGACUCUGUCUGCCAUCGUGGUCACUAACGUGAACAAGGUUUAUGCUGGGACGCCAGGAUUCAAUCGUUCUAUUGUCAACUCAUUCAGGAAUGGAUCUGUAGUUACCGACAUGACCCUCGUGUUCGACAAGCAGUCUUCGGUUCCCAGCUCAAGCAGCGCACAGACAAUUCUCACCAACAGUUCCACCUCCCUGAACAUUCUACCAGGCAGCAUCAGGGUUGAUGUUGCCACAACCACUCCUGCAGCAGCUGUUACCACCACCACUCCUGCAGCAGCUGUUACCACCACCACUCCUGCAGCAGCUGUCACCACCACCACUCCUGCAGCAGCUGUCACAACCACCACUCCUGCAGCAGCUGUCACAACCACCACUCCUGCAGCAGCUGUUACCACCACCACUCCUGCUGUCGCAUCAACUGACCCUCCAUCUUCUAGUGAAGGAAUCCUGAGUCUUCGGUUCAGUCUCAACCAGACGUUCAACUCAAAUCUUUCCAACCGGUCAUCUUCAGAGUUCAAGACUCUGUCUGCCAACGUGGUCACUAAUGUGAACAAGGUUUAUGCUGGGACGCCAGGAUUCAAUCGUUCUAUUGUCAACUCAUUCAGGAAUGGAUCUGUAGUUACCGACAUGACCCUCGUGUUCGACAAGCAGUCUUCGGUUCCCAGCUCAAGCAGCGCACAGACAAUUCUCACCAACAGUUCCACCUCCCUGAACAUUCUACCAGGCAGCAUCAGGGUUGAUGUUGCCACAACCACUCCUGCAGCAGCUGUUACCACCACCACUCCUGCAGCAGCUGUCACCACCACCACUCCUGCAGCAGCUGUCACCACCACCACUCCUGCAGCAGCUGUCACAACCACCACUCCUGCAGCAGCUGUUACCACCACCACUCCUGCUGUCGCAUCAACUGACCCUCCAUCUUCUAGUGAAGGAAUCCUGAGUCUUCGGUUCAGUCUCGACCAGCCGUUCAACUCAAAUCUUUCCAACCCGUCCUCUUCAGAGUUCAAGACUCUGGCUUUCAAAGUGCAAUCUGAAGUGAACAAGGUUUUUGCUGGGACCCCAGGCUUCCGUCGUUGCAAGGUCAACUCAUUCAAGAGAGGAUCUGUAGUUACCGACAUGACCCUUGUGUUCGACAAGCAGUCUUCGGUUCCCAGCUCAAGCAGCGCACAGGCAAUUCUCACCAACAGUCCCACCUCCCUGGGCAUUAUACCAGGCACCAUCAGUUUCGGGUCAUCAACCACAUCAGGAAGUGCUCCCCGACCCACUGCCUUCACUCUGGCUGCCUUGCCUCUCAGUUUGGCUCUGUUAAUGGUACAGCUGUUGGCUAGCUAAUAGCCUGGGGCAUAGCUGCUGUGGCUCUGCUAGCUGCUAGGCUAGCUAAUAGCCUGGGGCAUAGCUGCUGUGGCUCUGCUAGCUGCUGGCUAACCAAUAGCCUGGGACAUAGCUGCUCUGGCAUUGGUUUAACCAAUCAAUGGUUUCCCAGCUCUCAUAGAUACAGCCUUAAAGCUAGAAUCCUUAGUUGCUACACACAUUUUUUGACCAAUAAAUUAAUUAUAUCUACCCAUUGAUUCUAGAAGAAUGUAACAUAUGAAUGCCUCAUGAGUUUAGCUCAACUGUCGUACCCCAUCAGAACCCAAAAUAUAAGCUUGUUUUACUCCAAUGUUUCUAAACAAUGCAAACAAACACUGUAUAGCUUUAAAACAUUAUUAAAACUAUAAUUCUGA